GGGGCGGGCCGCCGCCUAUCCGGGCCCGGCAGGUUCACGUGACCGCGCGGGCGCUGGGGCGGCAGGCCGCGCAGAGGAGGCGGCGGCGGCGCUGGGACCGCAGCCGGGGAGGGAGCGGCCUGGCGAGGAGCGGGCCGACUGCCCUCUCGGACAGCAGCCGCGGAGGACAAAAAUGGCGGAGGCCUCGGCGGCCGGGGCCGAUGCGGGCGCCGCGGUAGCCGCGCACCGGUUUUUCUGCCACUUUUGUAAAGGCGAGGUCAACCCCAAACUACCGGAAUAUAUUUGUCCCAGAUGUGAAUCAGGCUUUAUUGAAGAAGUGACAGAUGAUUCCAGUUUUUUAGGUGGUAGUGGCAGCAGCCGGAUAGACAAUAGUACAUCAACACAUUUUGCAGAGCUCUGGGACCAUUUGGAUCACACGAUGCUUUUUCAAGAUUUUAGACCAUUUCUAAGUAGCAAUCCACUGGACCAAGAUAAUAGAACCAAUGAGAGGGGUCACCAAACUCACACUGACUUUUGGGGACCAAGUCAGCCUCCUCGGCUACCAGUGACUCGUAGAUACAGAUCUCGAGGAAGUACUCGUCCUGAUCGAUCUCCCGCUAUUGAAGGAAUAAUCCAACAGAUCUUUGCAGGAUUCUUUGCAAAUUCUGCGAUUCCUGGAUCCCCACACCCCUUUUCUUGGAGCGGGAUGCUGCACUCCAACCCUGGGGACUAUGCCUGGGGUCAGACAGGGCUUGAUGCCAUUGUAACCCAGCUUUUAGGACAACUGGAAAACACAGGGCCUCCUCCAGCUGACAAGGAAAAGAUUACAUCUCUUCCAACAGUGACAGUAACUCAGGAACAAGUUGAUACAGGUUUAGAGUGUCCAGUAUGCAAAGAAGAUUAUACAGUUGAAGAAGAAGUCCGGCAGUUACCCUGCAAUCACUUCUUUCACAGCAGUUGUAUUGUACCAUGGUUAGAACUGCAUGACACAUGUCCUGUAUGUAGGAAGAGCUUAAAUGGUGAGGACUCUACUCGGCAAACCCAGAGCUCUGAUGCCUCUUCAAGCAACAGAUUUAGCAAUGAUAGCCAGCUACAUGACCCAUGGACUUUCUGAAGCUAAAGACACCUGAACCAGGGCUGUGGUAGUCUUCUUACCAUAGCUAUAGAUUGUAUCAAAACAAAAGCAGAGUAGAUUGAUUUAGGAAUCACAUAAGAAAC